GCCUUCCCGCCCGCCGGCCGGGAAAGUCCCCCUAAAAAGGGCGGUGAGCGGGGAGCGGCGGCGACGGCAGUCGGAGCGGGCGUCGGGCCUGCGUUUCGUCCGUCUGUCUUUCUGUGCGUCUGUCCGAAGUGUGCGGGGCCCGGGUGGGGAGCCCCGCGGCGGCUGUGGGCCGGAGCUGUCAGCAUGGCCGGUGGCCCUGAGCCCCACAUUGAAAUAUUUGAACAACCCAGGCAAAGGGGCAUGCGUUUCCGAUACAAAUGUGAGGGAAGAUCAGCAGGCAGCAUUCCAGGAGAGCACAGUACUGAAAACAAUAAGACAUUCCCUUCCAUCCAGAUUCUGAACUAUUUUGGAAAAGUUAAAAUCAGAACUACACUGGUAACAAAGAAUGAGCCUUACAAGCCACACCCUCACGAUCUGGUUGGAAAAGACUGCAGAGAUGGAUACUACGAAGCAGAGUUUGGGCCAGAACGGCGAGUCCUGUCUUUUCAGAAUUUGGGCAUUCAGUGUGUGAAGAAAAAGGACUUAAAGGAAUCAAUUUCUUUACGAAUCUCAAAGAAGAUUAACCCUUUCAAUGUGCCUGAAGAACAGCUGCAUAACAUCGAUGAGUAUGAUCUCAAUGUUGUCCGCCUCUGCUUCCAAGCUUUCCUCCCUGAUGAACACGGCAACUACACAUUAGCUCUUCCUCCUUUGAUUUCCAACCCCAUCUAUGACAACAGAGCCCCCAAUACAGCAGAAUUGAGAAUUUGUCGUGUGAACAAGAACUGUGGAAGUGUAAAAGGCGGGGAUGAAAUAUUUCUACUCUGUGACAAAGUCCAGAAAGAUGACAUAGAAGUCAGAUUUGUCUUGGACAACUGGGAGGCCAAAGGUUCCUUCUCACAAGCUGAUGUUCACCGUCAAGUUGCGAUUGUGUUCAGAACGCCCCCGUUUCUCAGAGACAUCACCGAGCCCGUCACAGUGAAGAUGCAGCUGCGAAGACCUUCAGACCAGGAAGUCAGUGAACCUAUGGAUUUCAGAUACCUACCAGAUGAAAAGGAUCCAUAUGGCAAUAAAGCAAAAAGGCAGAGAUCAACCUUGGCUUGGCAAAAGCUCAUACAGGACUGUGGAUCAAAUGCAACAGAAAGGCCCAAAGUAUCCCCAUUCCCCACUGUCACUUCGGAAGGGAAGCUGAUUAAGACAGAACCAAAGAUGUUUUCAUCCCCACCGAUGAUGCCAGGGUUCUUAUCCAACACCAGUCAGAUCUACCCUGUAUGCAACCAGAUCCAAUCGGCUCCGGGGGGCACAGGGAAGCCAGACUCACUCUCCUCAUACUGGCAGCAGCUGUUCAGCUCAGCCCCCCAGGCCGGCAGCCUGCUCGGCACCCACCCCCAGAACAGCUUUGUGGCAGAUGUGCCUCAGCCUGAUGCUACUCAGGGCAGCAGCUCUCUCCUGACUUUCAGCGACAGCCCCCUGAGCUGGCCUGAUGAGAAGGAUUCGGGCUUCUACCGGAAUUUCUGCGCCGCCAACGGGAUGGGAACGGUGCCGGCGUCGGCUGCAGACGCGCAGAACCUGUCGAGUAACAGCAUCGUGCAGCAGGCGCAUGCUGCCAGCAUCUCCACAGCCAGCAUUGUCAGCAUGGAGACCGAUGACAUGAACUGUGCCAGUAUGAACUUCGAGAAGUUUAACCGAGUGUUGAAUGCCAGCAAUCCCAGGCAGCAGCUCCAUCAGGUGCCUCCUGCUUGCCCUCCAGGAGCGGCCCCAAGCAGCACGCCUUUUAGUUCGCAGCCUAACUUAGCUGACCCGACAAUUUACGGUUAUCUAGACCAAGAAGUUUUAAGCCAAUCGAGACUAUCCACCCACCCCAUCCCAAACCACUCGAAUAGCAUUGCAGAUAACCAGUUCUAUGACACCGAUGGUGUCCACCCUGACGAGCUCUAUCAGUCUCUCCAGUUGGAUAGCAUCUUACAAAACUAUAACCACUGAGCCAGCCCUGCCGGGCUGCCAGCGGGUACGUAGCGCUUUCCAAGCUGUGUGAAGAGGAGGAACUUACCCUUCUGGAGCCCCUGCUUUCUCUUUUCAAAAUGUUACUAUGCAAGUUUCAUCUUAUAAUUUCAGGUUAUAUAUUAAAGCCCAAAGACUGGUGCCCGUUAAGAAAAGAGGUGGGAGUUUGGGGUUCUGUACCUUAAAAGUACCUUGUAUGCAUAUUUUUCCACUGUUGGAAAAGGGAAUUUUUAAGUGUUAACACUUAAAUCUUCCUUACCUGUGGGGACUGUAAAAGCUGGCAUCUCCAGAAGGGUUAAAGUUUCACAUACUUUACAGGGUUAAACUUGUUUGAAAAAUAACCAUUUUUGCUAUGGAAAUUAAAUUUUGAUAGGAGAAAAAUUAGGCGGGGGGCGGAGAAUGGCACACGGGCACUCUAGUUCAGACUCAUUUAAUUAUGUUAAAGUUACUCCACUUACUUGACAGGUGUAGGUUCCUUACCCUCUUUCAUGUAACAUAUCCUUCUCCUAAAACAAGACCCUGCAUUGAUUUUCCACGUUUUCACCACACUCCAUUUGCUUUGAAGGCAAAUCUACUCGAAAAUUUUUUUAAUGACUAUGUCAUUGUUAGAUAUAUUUUUAAAAGACCGGAAGGUUUGAGUUUUUAAAUAGUCCAGCUCUGUUGUACAUCAAUCACUGCACAAAAGAAUGAACAGAAAGUGAGGACUCUGCACUUCAUCCCAAGUGCACUAUAUUAAAUGGCAGACCCCUGUUGCUUUAGGAAUGGAGCACACUGUUAUUUCUCUGGAAGUUGUUUUGUUUUCUUUUAAUUUUUUUUUUGUGUGUGAGGGGGUGCAGCUGCAAUGUGUAUGUGAUUUUGAACAGCAGAAAUACGCUGAGCUGAAGCGUCUACUGCUCCUCUCCUCAGGUAUACCAGCAGUUUCCUGCUAUGCAAGUGACUGCUCAACAGGCAGCUCAGAUCCUGCCUCCCCACCAUCCCCUCCCAAGAAAAGCUUUGGGGCACACCCAGGGGCAGUUUUAGUACAGCCUCAUCUAGGUGCACUCGACUAACCACUUAAGGCCAUUUCAGUCAGUACUAAUUAAAAACACUCUGCUAAUCUCUGUAUCAGAAACUAGAACUUCCUCCCUUCCACUUGCUUCUCAGUUUUUGUUCUCAGCCUGAGUUGCAAGCUGUUUGGGGACAGCUUGCGUGGGUGUCACUGACUCAGUAAGACACUCUACUCUGUGUUAUAGGGCUUUGCUGUUUUAUUAUUUUAUUUUUUUUAAGAAGCAACACAGCAAUAAAUAGGUGAAUAUUUCUUAAGUUAUACAGCUGGUUUGUAUGGCAGAUAAAGCUUAAGAAUCUAAUCAUUAAUGUUCACCAACAUAAAACAGCAUCAUAGAAAGAAGCAAUAAAAAAAUCCCAUACUUGGAUAUAUGUAAAAACCCCAAAACCCUGCAACUCCCCAAUCAAAAAAGCCAUGUGAGAUGUGUAGCUGUACACAAGGCAGAAAGGAGCUCCAAAAAACCCUCUGUGGUUUGUAGGAAAGCAAUGACUAACUGCAGUAAUUCAUGGCAUUCCAAUAAGGCGCUGCAGCUGUAAUGCCUUACAGCGGCUUCCCAAGUGUGAGGGAAUAUGCUCCUCCAAUGAUGUGUGGGAUAAAUGAAGUUUGGAAAACUGCUUCCCCUAACUCCAGCUACACAGCUCAACUAAUUGAAUUGCCAUGUUUUAAAACAUUUUUCCUUCACUUCUGCAUCCCUCUGUUGCAGUCUUAAGUAAUAGAAAGACCAAAGAGAUGUAAAAGAAAGCUUGAAAUGUGUUUAUUCAGUUCUUUUUUUUGAAGUUCUCAAUUUUAAGUAUAUUAAAUGUAAACAUUUUACUCACUUCAUAGAAAGCUCUUUAUAGUACAAUUUGUUUUUACUGUAUAAUUAAAUAUUUUCAAAGUUCUGUUUUCCUUUGUAAACGAGUUGGUUUGGUAAUUAAAAAACUGGUUAUACUAAGUACUUAGCUUCUGCAACCUUCUCAGAUUCCUGAUGUCCCUCACUGCAAGAAAGCCAGAGAAAUGGAAGAAGGUAGGAUAUGGGGUGCUUCUCCUGAUGCUAUUUGGAGUAUUUUCUGCUCACAGUUACCAUUUGCCACUACAAAAUCUAAAGCCAUAUGUACAGUGGGGGGCUGUCUGCACUCAGCCAAUUUUUUGUGGCAGACAAAGUGACCUUUGAGUUGGAAGGGCAGAGAGGACAGAUGCUGUCAUGCUCUGCCAGAUCAGCUGCAGCUUUCUAAAGGUUCAGCUAAGAUAAUG